AUGUUCCAAAAUGCACGCAACAUCCGCAUAUCCGGCACACCUACUUUCCAGAACAUAAACGGCUCCUACCAUUAUCACGAUCACACCUCAAACACGACCAACAACAACACAACCACCAUUACAGGCAACGACUUUUCGCAGACCGUGCACAAUCAUAACACAUACACAAUUGAAGGAGGGAGAAGGUCGUAUAGUCAGCCUGAGGAAAGUUCUGGGGUUCCACAACAUACCCCUCAAGCCCCCCGGCCGCCUACAAUCCACUCCCUUCCCAAUUCGCAACACAUUUCCCCUCCCCCCGACACCCAAGUAUUCCACAUGCAACCGUACCCGCACCGAUUUAUUACUAAGAACCCCAUGUCGGCCACCAUACCGUAUACGUACCCUUCCCUAGGCGGUGCCGCCUACGGCUUCCACGAAGGGCAUCAUAUGGCCGCGUCCAUUCUCCCAGGACAUAUCGUGGCGAUGUCGCCAGAAGUCAGCUUGAGCCUUACACAGUUCUUCCGCAAGCUCGAGGAUCAGGUAUCAUGCGAGAAAACGCGGGACGCCGGUACAAUAACUGACACGGACCUGGACAUGGAUGGGGAUGGGGUUAGGGAUGGCAGUGGGGAUGGGGAACAGGUGUACCAGGACACGGUAUACCAGUCACACCCUACCACCGCACCCCCACCGCAGCUCACUUUUGAGAGGUCUGGUGCAGCCCAUAUCGGUGUUUGUACCCAAGUACCACAAACAGGAAACCAGUGGGAAUGGGCUACGCCACAUCAACCAGCACAACAACCCCUUCCUCAAAACUCGCACCUUCAAAACCAAGAUAACGACACCAACGCACCCUAUACAUCCUACACUCCGGUGCCUAACCAGUUCAACCUAGCAGAUCAACAGCCUAACGCGAACUCAAAUUUGAACGCAAACUCAAACUCGAACUCGAACUCCAGUAGCAAUCACAAUCAUAAAAAGAACCCCAUUCCCCCACGCGUCCGACGAACGCUCCAAGCCGCAUUCACAUUCAACUCGCACCUCGGCGAGUCCUCCUCCUCCACAACAUCCAGCACAGAAUACGACUACACUGCCGCAUCCAAAAACACCACCUCCCUCCCCUUCGCCUACACACACUCCCCCGAAGCAGGUACAACCCAUACAGACGCGGUAGCACCGCGUAUGGAGGUGUGUGACGGCACAGUCGUCGAGAUGCGGCGCGCAGAGAAUGUGCAUACGACCUGGGAUGUGCGUGGGGACGAUGUGGGUCGGGUACCGGUGCAUGUGCAGAGGCUGUGGCAUUGUGAGGGUGAAAGUGAAGGCGAAGGCGAAGAGGAAGAAGGAGAGGGAGAUCGUGGGGAUGGAAAAGGGGUGGUUUAUGCUGGUGAGAGCGGCGAUAUGGAUGGAAGGAUGAGAUGGACGGGCAAUAGGUCACCUUUGGAGUCGAUGCAGAUAUCGAUGGGGUAUUUGAGGGUGUGA